ACCUUUACAUCCAAUAUAUAUACAGGAACCAACCUCUGCAUGUUUGCCCCACAGCUCAAACUUCAAUCAAGUCCUCAAAUUCUAGUCUUGAGACACAGAAAAGACUUUGAAAUGGCUUUUAAUUUCUUUCUUUUCUUGGGGCUAUUUCUAACUCUUUCCUCCUUUGCUCUGGCUUCUGAUCCAAUGCCACUUCAAGAUUUCUGUGUGGCUGAUGCAAAUGCUGCAGUUCUAGUGAACGGUGUUGCAUGCAAGGAUCCCAAGAUGGUGCAAGCCAAGGAUUUCUCCUUCAGUGGACUUCACUUGCUAGGCAAUACAUCAAAUGCAGUAGGGUCUAAGGUUACCCCCGUCAAUGUAGCCCAAAUACCAGGACUUAACACUCUUGGCAUUUCACUUGCUCGUAUCGACUAUGCUCCAUGGGGUAUUAACCCUCCCCACACACACCCCCGUGCCUCUGAAAUCUUGACAGUAGUUAAAGGCAGUCUCGAAGUUGGAUUCAUCACAUCUAACCCUGAAAACCGUCUCAUCAAAAAGGUUUUAAAGAAGGGUGACGUAUUCGUCUUCCCUGUCAAUCUCAUUCACUUCCAGAGAAAUGUAGGGACUGGUAAUGCUGUUGCUAUUGCAGCUCUAAGCAGCCAAAAUCCUGGGGUCAUUACCACUGCCAAUGCAGUGUUUGGUUCUACACCUUCUAUCCCCAGUGAUAUUCUUGCAAAGGCUUUCAAGUUGGAUACUAAGGUCAUUGAUUACCUGCAAACAAAGUUCUAAGCAAGAAAUAUGGGAAGUUGUGGUAGUGAUCUUUUAUGUGUGUGUAUCUGGCAGGUCAAAUUAUAAGUUCAUUUGUAUUGUUUUGAAUUUUUCUUUUUCUGGGUUGAAUAUUUCUUUGUUUUCUUUAUAGAAAUAUUAAAUUGAUUUUUAUAAA